AUGACCGGGCUGUCAGUGUGUCUUCUGGGUCCAGCUGUCUCUGCCAGUACCAGCCUGUGGGGUAAGAAGCUACAGUUCAUUGGUCGUCCAUGUCUCUGGCAGCUACGACCAGAUGCCGUGGUACCAGCCUUAGAGGAGCUGAGUGUAUGCGUGCUAUUACGCCUCCAAUUUGCAACAGAAUGGACAGGUUUUGUCUACAAAGCACCAGGGGGACGACAAAUUGAACUGGGUCUUCAGGGCACAGACUCAAAUGGUAAAGUGCAACCAGAGAUGGGGAACAAUCUGCUUGGUGAGAUUGGUCUGUUCAGGGUAUGGGCCAGAGAAUGGAGCGCCGAGGAGCUGAGGGGGCAGAGCUGUGCAGAUGGAGACGUAGUGAGCUGGGACCUGCGACAGUGGAAGUUUGACUGCCCUCCUGAGUAUGACAACAACCUACAUUGUGCAUGGUCACUCUACAAAAUCAAAAUGUGGACAUUCAUAGUUCAAUCUAUGAAGCGCAAAAAUUCGCUGUCACUGGAGGAAGUUACAAGAAGCUGGUUGGAGAGCAUUUUUCCUCGCAACAUAUCUGUCCAUGACAUCUUUGUGUCAUCCCCAAGCCGUACCUGCCACAUGCUUAAUGAUCCUGCCACUCUACAUGUGCAACAACCUCAGGGGUCAAGAGCAUUAUCAAACUCCAGUCGUGAAAAGUGUUUCAGCUGUGAAGUCUAUGUGAACGUGAAUCCUGCUGCUAAUGUAGAAGUGGUUCAGGCGAACAUCGCUGAGUUGCUGAGUUUGACCUUUUCCAACGACUUCAUCAACUUGACAGUUAAUAACAUCAGCAUACUGCCUGUGGAGUUAUUCCCUGCAGUGACAGAACCACCACCAACUUUCAGCACAGGUGGAACUACAUCAGAAACACAUCCAACUCAAAGUCAGCCAGCUCAACCCACUAAUGUGUCAACGACAGGAGAGCCUUUAGAUGUCAACAAGACAGCUGUUAGACCAGAUACAUUCUUCAGAGUUAAUAUGACCUUGAGUGUGACUGGCAGCCCUACAAAACCCAAUGAAAUUAUAGAGAAAUGGGUGAAAGAACAGCUGGAGGUGAAUGACACCAUGGUUGUUCUGAAUUUCAUCAUAAAGGAGAACUUUGGCAGAAACAUGGAGCCGUACAAUGGACAGAUGAUUUUCUAUGGCCAACAAAAACAGUAG